CAUCACGCCUGUGACAGCAUUUGUCAACAACAUUCAAAUCAAGACACUCCAAAAUGGCGGAUCGUGAAGAGGACCCAGAGAAUGAGGACACAUGUGAGGUGGUCGACCUGACACAAUAUGCUAGGCGUCAACAAUGGUGGGGCUGCCUAUUUGGUGGGAACAAUUCGGGUCCUAUGGCUGAGAAGUAUUCGGUGGCCACACAAAUAGCACUGGGUGGUGUGAGUGGCUGGUGUGCGGGAUAUCUUUUCCAGAAGGUGGGGAAGAUCGCAGCCACCGCUGUGGGUGGAGGAUUCCUGUUGUUACAGAUAGCCAACCACAGUGGCUAUGUGCAGGUGGACUGGAAGAGAGUGGAGAAGGAUGUCAACAAAGCCAAGAGGCACCUGAAGAAGAAAGCCGACAGGGCUGUACCAGAGCUCAACUCUUUCAUCGACCAGUCCACAGAGUUUGUGAAGACAAACAUGAUCGUCACCAGUGGAUUCUUUGGAGGCUUCUUGCUUGGGCUGGCAUCCUAAGAACACCCCAGGGGCCUGCAGUUUUAGAUAAGAAUCACUUGAGAGGUCUGGCUGUGAAGUGAAAUGCCCUUUUAAAAACGUGGUGGGAACAACAAGAACAGAUGCACAGCACAAUAUAUCAAAUUGAGCCAAUUACACAACCUGCAAAAAAAGGUAAUGUAGUUGUAAAUACUCUGUAAUGUGUACUUACUAUGCUGUUUCACAAUACCCACCUGUCUAUCUACCAUGUAAUUGCAUGGUUUUAGCACCACCUGAUAGAAACUGGAACCAAGAUAUCCUGCUGCUCCACCAUAUAAACAAAACCGUGUUUCUAGCUAGGCUUUUAGCCCCCAACUCAAGGCAAUUGGGUACAACCCAAAACCUUGUUUCUAGCUAGGCUUUUAGCCCUCAACUCAAGGCAAUUGGGUACAACCCAAAACCGUGUUUCUAGCUAGGCUUUUAGCCCCCAACUCAAGGCAAUUGGGUACAACCCAAAACCGUGUUUCUAGCUAGGCUUUUAGCCCCCAACUCAAGGCAAUUGGGUACAACCCAAAACCGUGUUUCUAGCUAGGCUUUUAGCCCCCAACUCAAGGCAAUUGGGUACAACCCAAAACCGUGUUUCUAGCUAGGCUUUUAGCCCCCAACUCAAGGCAAUUGGGUACAACCCAAAACCGUGUUUCUAGCUAGGCUUUUAGCCCUCAACUCAAGGCAAUUGGGUACAACCCAAAACCGUGUUUCUAGCUAGGCUUUUAGCCCCCAACUCAAGGCAAUUGGGUACAACCCAAAACCGUGUUUCUAGCUAGGCUUUAGCCCCCAACUCAAGGCAAUUGGGUACAACCCAAAACCGUGUUUCUAGCUAGGCUUUUAGCCCCCAACUCAAGGCAAUUGGGUACAACCCAAAAGGAACUAGCGUUUUGGGUCCUGUGGGAAACGCUGGUCUACAAAACAGUUAUUAAUCAAAAUGCGAUAAGAGCACACAGGUGUUGCGACCCUGUAGAUGGGAUCCGGUGUUCCUGGCUCACUCUGAUUCAUAUAUUCAUCAUAUGAGAGAUAGAAACACACUCACUUCCAAUGGCUCUGAGCUGCUGCUGGAGAUGGACGUAUGUACAUAUGUAAAAAACGAUAGGAAGAUGAAAAACACUGAGAUUGAUGCUGUAUUUAUUCAGAUCGACUGUGUGGUCUUCAGCAGAACUUCAUGCAUGUGUACAGUAUAUGUACAGUGUACUGUUACACUUGUUACACAUACACACCUAAUUGGGCUGCAAUGUGGGAACUUAUUGAUUACAUUUGGGUCUAGUUCUUUCGAGUGUUUUCUGGUCAAUAUAGUCCUACUCCGCAAGUAUACCCAAGUCAUGCAAUGCACCAUGUUUGCACAAUAUAUGCCCUUUUCAUUCAUUUGUAUGAGUUAAUACUUCUAUCACAUUAUAUGUAUUGAUUUAGGAUUACCAUGACUAUCUUUAUUUUGUCUUUACGAGCGGUGCAAUAUUUGCUUGGAGGUAAUUUAGCCUCUUUUGUGUUUUCUCUUUCACUGGAAAGCAAUUUACCUUUGUUAUUGAAUUACAAUGCUGUUGUCGUUUGUGUAUAUAUUCUUAAUAUAAAAUACCAAAUGCAACCAACAA